GACCCGGAAGCGGAGGCGGAGAUUGUAUAUCUUAAGCUGCUAGAUGUGAAAUUAUUCUGGUUCUUUCAUUUAAGAUAACACCUUACAAGACAGAAGGAACCCAAAGAGACUAUGUUCAGCUUCUUCCGGAAAAGUCAAGAUUCAAAGAAGGUUACAGCUCCAGAGAGAGAAGCAGAUGGAUUUGUUAUUGUGGGUGACACAGCUGAUGAUCAACGUAGAAAUUCAAAGGAUAAAACUUCAUUUCCGGAGACCAGACCGACGUACGGUCAACCUUCACAGAUAAAUACGGGGCACCGGUCACAGUUGACUGUAUCAAGCACAGAGAUGGGAAAUCAAAGGAGUCAGACUUUGGAAAGCAGCCCUUUCAUGUCAGACCUCCUGAGCGACGUCCCCUUUGCCCUCGCACCACAUGUGUUAGCAGUGCAGGGCACCCGCAGUGACGUUCCUGACCGACUGCUCACCUACGACAUCAAUGAUAAUUUAUCAAGAUUUUGGUAUGACUUUACACUUGAAAAUUCAGUGCUUUGUAAUCCAUAAUGUUCUCUUUGUUUUUUCUGCCUCCGUCAAGAAACAAGUCUUAAAGUAGGUAAGACUUUAAGACGAGUCUUAAAGAAGAUAAAGACUUACUUUAAUUGACUUAAUAUUUUGGGGGCCUGCCGCUGGUAUAUCAAAUGGAUUAUUAUUCACAACUGUGAUAUAUUUCUUAGCUUUAAGUGAACGAUAACUUAGUACGUUAAAUAUUCCAUUUAUUUCCAAAGAAAUCAAGCAAAAGUGUUUCAGCCUCAGUAGGAGACUGGCUGAUGGUAUCCCCUUCCAGUAGGUAGGCUGCAGACACGAACAUUUCAUGACUUUAAGAGGAAGUCUAUGUCUCAACUGUUUGUUAUUUCAAUUAGUUACAAAACACAUAGAUCCUGUUACACAUAUUAACAUCACCUCUUGAUUUUGUACAGAUAGAAACCAAUAUUAAUGCUAAAGAAUGCUGCUCUGCCCUACUGGACAGAGAGCGUUUCAGUGAAACCAAGUUUUAAAACUCCGAGUUAGUUACAAGCCCUUAAGUAAUCAUUAAGACUUAAUAGAAUUGGUUAAACUUACCAAUUUCAAAGUGAAAAUCAGUUGUUUCCUUCCCUUUUCCAGUAGAUGGUAUUUUGUCUGUCUCAUUUUGUGCCUGCCUGGAGAAGUUAUCCCCGCCUGCCUGUUGGCUGCUGUUUGUUCUCAUUACCACAUGUGUUCCUGAUUUAUAUACAGAUCAGCUUUUCCAUUUUAACCUCUUUGCCCCCUGAAGAAGGAAAUCUCAGGACACGUACUUUUAA